AUGAACAAAAUUUCCGUCUGCGUAAUCUUCCUUUCAUUGUUUCUCUUCAUCCACAGCACUAGUUCUAAAGUGGAUGAUGAGACCAGGGAUUCACUACUCUCCUUCCUUGAUAAACUUUCAAACCAUGCUACUCAACCUGGCUUUGCUUUAGGUUGGAGCUCCUUGUCUGAUCCCUGCACCGAGCCCAAAUGGAAAGGUAUAACAUGUGAUUCUCAAAACACUAGUGUCACAGAACUCUUUCUAAACAACCUAAGCCUCAUUGGAGCCCUUGAUGUUGCUACCCUUUGCAAUGUGAAAUCUGUUGCUGCCUCUCUCAGCAUUCUUGACCUCAAUGAAAACAGCAUUGAGGGAGAAAUUUCAGCUGAUAUUCAGAACUGUCAGCAACUCACUCGCUUGAAUGUAAGCAGAAACCGGUUUUCAGGAAACCUUCCUGAUUCACUUGUCACGUUAAGCAACCUGAGAAGGCUUGACAUUUCCAACAAUGACUUCUCUGGCAAGUUACCUGAGUUGUCUUUAAUUUCAGGUCUUACAGGUUUCCUUGCUCAAAAUAACCAGCUUAUUGGGGAGCUACCAAAAUUCGAUUUCUACCAUUUUGAUACCUUCAAUGUCUCCAACAAUAACUUGCAUGGUCCGAUCCACAAUGCGAAUGGGAAUUUCUCUGCAAGCAGCUUCCUUGGUAAUCCUGGAUUAUGUGGAGAUCCACUGCCACAGAACUGUUCAGCAACUUCUUCUUCUUCUACAUCCGCAGCGGAUGACAAGCCGCACUCAAAGGGUACCUCUAACAAAGUUCUCAUCUACUCGGGGUAUGGUAUUUUGGCCUUGGUUUGUCUAGUGUUACUCAUAUCCAGGAUAUGUAGCAAAAGAAGAAAGAAAAAUGAUAAGGCUGUUGAUGCACCAGUGAAUAACAAGGUAGCAUCAGUUGAUGAAAGCAUGGUCAGCAAAUAUAGUGCUUCAUCGACUGAGUUCAAAAGCGGUAUCAGUAAAUCACAAUAUUCUGUCACUUUCUCAGCCGAGAGCACUGCUAAUAUGAACUCCACCACACUUGUAGUCCUCUCCAGCCCUGUGGUCAAUGGAUUAAACUUUGAGGAGUUGCUUAAAGCUCCUGCUGAGAUGCUAGGGAGAGGCAAAUAUGGUAGCCUCUACAAGGUCAUCAUUGAUUUUGGGGCGACCCUUGUUGUCAAAAGGAUUAAAGACUGGACAAUUUCAACUAAUGAUUUCAAGCUGAGAAUGCAGAGGUUAGACCAAGCCAAGCACCCUAAUGUCUUGUCUGCUCUUGCCUUCUACUCCUCUAGACAAGAGAAACUUCUGGUCUAUGAAUAUCAAUACAAUGGAAGCCUUUUCAGGCUCAUACAUGGAAACCAAGGGGGCAAAGCCUUUAAUUGGACCAGCAGACUUUCUUGUGCAGCAACCAUUGCCGACACAUUAGCUUUCAUGCAUGAUGAUCUCCAAAAAGAUGGGAUUUCUCAUGGCAACUUAAAAUCUUCAAACAUCUUGUUGAACAAGAACAUGGAGCCUUGCAUAAGCGAGUAUGGUCUUAUGGAGAUAAAUGAUCAUGACAAAAUAUUGCCGGGGAAGGUGUCUGCUGCCACUAGUGCUUCUACCACAUUUAAAGCAGAUAUUUGUGGAUUUGGUGUGAUUCUUCUUGAGCUACUUACAGGAAAACUUGUGCAGCACAAUGGAGUUGACUUGACAUCUUGGGUACACUCGGUGGUUAGAGAGGAAUGGACUGCAGAAGUUUUCGACAAGUCCUUGUAUUCAGAAUGUGCAAGCGAGGAGAGGAUGGUGAACUUGCUCCAGGUGGCUAUAAAGUGUGUCAACCGUUCUCCAGAGGCUAGACCGAGCAUGAAACAAGUUGCUACCAUGAUCAACAACAUAAAAGAGGACGAAGACAAAUCCACAUUCAUUGAUGUAUGA